AAAUACACAUUGCAUAUAUGGGGUAUCUAAAAUAUUUUGCAUCAGUUCUUUCUGAUAUUAUGCCUUAUUUGAUUUAUCUCUUUGUAAUUUUUACAUUUUUUCCGAAAUCACUGCACAAAAUAAAAAUAUUCGCAAAAAAUAAUUAUGAUUCGAAUAGAUAUCAUCGUUGUUAUUCGCCUAAUGAGUGUUGUCACGUUACUAAAGACAUCUCCAAAAAAGUAAAAAUUCGAAGAGCUGUAACUCGUAAUGAACGGAAACAGAAUUCGAACACAAAUAUUUCAAAAUAUUUUCAAAAUAUAUAUGAAGCACAACCGAAGGACACGCACGCUAUCGAAGUUAAUAAAAUGACAGAAGAAUUUGGAACAACAAAUGAUGGCAUUGAUGUUUAUACAAAGCGAGAAAGCUUGGCUCAAAAGCAGAUGUGUCUCCAUUCUAAGAUCGAUGACACCAUUGCAUUGCAUGAUGUUGAAAAUUUGAAAAAAAACAGUGUAACUCAAGUCAACUCUGAUUGGAAUAUAUAUGACGAAAUGAUAUCACAAUCUCUUCUUCAAACAUCAUAUAAAAAUAAGAUAUCUUCUGAAGCAUCAACUGUAGAAAUUUCGUCAAAAAUAAGUGCCUCCACAAAUUCGUCACCUUUUUUUCAAAACAGACGAUUAAAUGUUCAACCUAGUUUAGAGGAUGUAAUUGUGACAAUUACCCGGAAUGUAGAUAAAAAUGAAAAUACUGUCAAUAGUAGCUGUAAUUACUUAAUGCCUGUAAAUUCCAUUGAUGAUAUUUUAUCACAGCGUCGAUUAUCACGCCCACUUUCCGCAUAUUCAAUAAGUGAUUUGCUGCUUAAUGAGGAAAAUUCCCGUUUCGUAAUGGAUGAUGCGCAUAUAGAUAAUUUUCUUCAUGCUUUAAAUGGAUCUUAGUAUCAUGACAGGUGAUUAUAUAUAAUAUAAAGUAUAUGAUUAGUAAAAUUAUCAAAACGAGUGUACAAAUGUGCCAUGAUGUUUUUAAAACUAAAACCUACAGUAUCAAAACUAAACACUAUCAUGUAAAAAUUCUACUAAU